AUGUGCAAGAUCGUCUUCGUGUCCAUCAUCGGUCCAUUAAUGCUAGCAGCUUUCGUUGAGUGGAUACUCUUCCUCAUUGCAUUCCUAUACUGCCUCGCCAAGGUCUACCAAAAAGCCGAGCACUGGAGCAUCAAAGUCCUUGCAGUCAUCAUGAUGAUUCUGUUCGCCUCGUUCAGAGGCAUUUUCCUUCCCAUCAUGAUCGUCACACUCCCUUUACCGCGAGGGAUUACACAGUACUACCCGCUUCGACUGGUCUCGUUUCUCCAAUGGUUCGCAUUCUGGUCUUUCUCCGCCCUCCUGAUCAUACCAUGGCUUUUCUGCAUCUACGGGCAGGUCACUCACUCCGUCGGAAGACAGAAGCAGAUCCAGCAAGUCCUUGACGACCGCACCGCCCCCAAAGCCGUCGUGGUCAUGCCCGUGUACAAGGAGGACCCCGACGUUCUGGUCAAGGCAAUCGAUUCUGUCGUCGACAGCGAUUACCCGCGAAAUUGUAUCCACGUAUUUCUCUCCUACGAUGGGGUCGCCAUUGACGAACCAUAUCUACGGAUUCUCCAUCAUCUUGGGAUUCCCAUUGCCUUAGAGACAUACCCGCAGAGCAUAGACGUGACCUACAAAGGCGCACGCAUUACCGUGUCCCGCUUCGAGCAUGGUGGCAAGAGACACUGCCAAAAGAAGACCUUUCAGCUUAUCGAUAAGGUGUACGCCAACUACCUUCGAUACAACGACGAUCUUUUCAUGCUGUUCAUAGACUCUGACUGCAUCCUGGACAAAUUCUGCCUGCAGAACUUCAUGUACGACAUGGAACUAAAGCCUGGAAGCAAGCACAACAUGCUCGCCAUGACAGGCGUCAUCACAUCCACAACAAAGCGGAACUCUCUUCUGACGGUCCUGCAGGAUGUGGAGUAUCUCCACGGACAGCUUUUCGAGCGCUCCGUAGAAUCUGGGUGCGGCGCAGUGACCUGUCUCCCUGGGGCCCUGACGAUGCUGCGAUUCUCAGCGUUCCGCAAAAUGGCCAAGUACUACUUCGCCGACAAUAUCGAACACUGUGAGGACCUCUUCGACUACGCGAAAUGCCACCUGGGCGAGGACCGCAUGCUCACGCACCUCUUCAUGAUCGGAGCCCGGCAAGCCUACCAGAUCCAGAUGUGUUCCAGCGCCUUCUGCAAGACCGAGGCGGUGCAGACGUUCCGGAGCCUGCUGAAACAGCGGCGAAGAUGGUUCCUCGGCUACAUCACGAACGAGGUCUGCAUGCUGACCGAUAUCAGAUUGUGGAUGCGCUAUCCGCUGUUAUGCCUCAUGCGGUUCAUGCAGAACACCAUCCGCACCACUGCGCUGCUGUUCACCAUUCAGAUCAUAUCCAUCAUGACCACGUCCAGUAAGAUCAAAGACCUCCCAGUGGGUUUCAUCGCAAUCUCUUUGGGGCUCAAUUACCUGCUCAUGUUCUAUUUUGGACUGAAGCUGAAGCGCUUUAAAGCCUGGCUCUACCCGUUGGUGUUUGUGAUCAAUCCGUUCUUCAACUGGCUCUACAUGGUAUACGGUAUCUUCACCGCUGGACAGCGGACAUGGGGAGGCCCUCGCGCCGACGCCGCAAAAGCCGAUGGUAGUGCUACCAGUGAGGAGAUCGCCACGCACGCCGUACAUAACGGCGAUGAUGCGCACUACACCAAGCUUCCUACAUCGAGCGAAGAUGUCGAAAGAAAAGGUAUACCAAUUCAUCCAGCCGAGAAGCUCAAUAAGCGCCUCGCAUUUGUUUCACCGCCGUAUAACUCGUCGUCUGGAACCACGCUACCCCGAACUCCUGCUGGUGGAUCUCACGCAAGCUUCUGCCAUGAUGAUUCUCUGGAGUUACAUUCCAAAUAUGAGCCGGACUCGAUCGGCAUCCCUGAAAACGUUGAAGAUCUGAUGAACGACGUGGAUCGGGCGAAGCUCUAUUUGGCUCGGCAGAUGCAGGAACCGGCGAACCUUAUGCGAAACACGCAUGCAGAGUACAUCCAGGAUGAUUAUUUGCAGGAUCCGACGCGGAACCGGUUCUAUGAUGUUGAUUUUAAUGGCCGUCAACCCGCAACACAACAGCUUCCACCGUUUCUACUUGCCCCAGUCCUUCAGAAUAGUCCAGACGACCGCGGCUUUUCUCCUUCAGGUCCAUCGUUGUUUUCUCCUCCGGCUAAUCCUGCAGAGACUACCCGAGAACCCCAACGCUCCAAGCGUAAACGUCUCAGGAAACCACGGAGACAGUUGACAAAACCAAUGGCAAAUAGGGCGGACGAUAUGGUGUAA